CGUAGCGAUUGUGAAGCCACUCCAUUACCAACAAUGUAUGACAGCACCACGAGCUACAGUGUAUCUGGUUUGUACAUGGGUCCUUUCUAUCACGUGUGCAUGUCUACCUAUGUCGGGCGUCGCCUCGUAUUCCUAUAUCGCCGAUAUUGGAGCUUGUACUGUCGACUGGGAGCAGUCAACAUUAGGCUACACAAUCGCUGCUCAUCUUAUAAGCUUCUGCCUGCCACUCGCCAUGAUCUUAUUCUGCUAUGCCAAGAUCUUCAUCGUCGCUAGAAAGGUGAAACGACAGAUUAGACCGCUUCCCGCCAAUUUCGCUGAUCACCCGAGUCGGUGGGUGAACGAGAAGAGUGGAUGCGAGAGACAGACGGAAGAAGCAUCGAAAGCCACAGUGAAUGAACGCACUAUUUGUGAUCCCAAAGAAGCGAUGAUGUCUCUUCCUGAACAUUUAAGUGGAGAGAAUAAAGGAUGUUCGAUACUAAAUGAAGAAGAUAAUAAAAGUCCAAAUUUGGAAGAGCGCUUUAAUAUACGGGCACUACGAAGGAAAGAUAGACAACGUUCAAUGUCAUUACAAGAUAUAGGCAACGAUCAGGUGUUCAGUCGUCAUAGGAACUCUUCGGAUAAUACAGAUGACAGACCAGUUAAUUUCUCAAUUCAAAAGGGUCUUUCAACAGUUCCAAAUCUGUUCCAAAUUAGCCAUAAUGUGCCUGUGAUUAAAAGCGAUGGUAAUGAAAACGAUACCAAAAAUGCAGGAUCCCACAAGGCGAGUAAGAUUGGACAACAGAACAGAAGUAGACGUUGUACGAACAGACACAGAUCCUUAACAAGUGGCGAAUCUGGGGAAUGGAAACCACUAGCCUCGAGGUACGUGUCCAAGAAAGCUCUCCGGGUGAAGAAGAUCCAGUCUUUACGUGAUACAAAGGCUGCUACGACCCUUCUCAUCCUCCUGGGUGUGUUUCUUGUCUGUUGGAUGCCCUAUGUCGUGGUCACCUUUUUACUCAAUGCCCACGUGACUGUUCGUCCCAUCGUACAUUCCGCCCUCUUCAUGGUUGCCUUAACCAACAGCGUCUUAAAUGUCUUUGUUUAUGGUGUACUCAACACCAAGUUCAGGCUCGGUUUUAGGAAGCUCUGGAAACCGUGUUGCCUAUGGAUAAACUGUAGAUGUAAGAACAAGUCAGAGGCUUCUGCAAUGAGGGUACGUAGCAUUAGCCAGUCUUUGAGGAACAACGGCCCUGUCACAGAAAGAGCCGAUGGCAUAGAAAGAAGGGAAUUCUAUUCAGAACACGUUCGAUGAACAACGACGAGACAGUUCAUUCCUUUUAAGGAACGCCAUAAAUCAUCGAGUAUGCAUAUUUAAGGAAUAUGAUUGAUAUUACAUAUUUUUAUAUAUUUGUCGAUUCAUAGAGAAUAUCUAUAAUCAUUUUAACUUCUAUUGAUUUGUAACUUUGAUAAUAUAAAAAAAUGUCAGUUGCACUGAAUGUGUAUCAUACCUGUCAAAUCAUACAGGAUGCUUUGUAUAUUGCAUAAGCAUUUAGAUAAAGCACCGAGUCUCAGUAAGUUUAUGCAUAAAUCAUGUGUUAACUGCUAAAUAAGGCAAACUAAGUAUAUGCAAGUAUGAGAACUUAGUGAUGAUGAUAAUGGGUAUGAUUCUAAAAUGAAUAUUUAUCAUUCAUAAGGGAAAUAAAGAUGAAAAUGGAGAUGCAAGAUAACGGUCUGCAUAGUCUACCAAAUACUUUCAAGACUUCAAAGUACCUUGUAAAUUAUCAUAUUAAUGCGUUUUCAUUCUACUUCGUGUUAAGUUAAAUAACUUAUCAAAUGACGUAAAUAAGAUUUAUAUGAAGUGCAAUAUAUUCAUGCAGGUUUUCAUUAUCAUCACCUUUUCCCUAAAACUACUUUCUUUAUUCUUUAUUGGUGUAUUUAUUUUCUUACAUUCCAUCUAUUGUGCAAGGUCCAUAUGCAUUAGAGUGCAAUAUAUAUUUCCUGAAACAAGUUUUCGGUUAGUUACUUUCGGAUAAAAUUUAAGUUACUCUUUGUGUUUUUAGAAUGUCAACUUGUCAUUUUUGCUUCUGUCAGUCUCGCAACCGUGUUAACAUGUGGAACUUUGUUUCAAUGAAUCGAAUCAACAUGUCGAAUAGAAUUAUCAUAAAGAUUAUUUGAGCGACGGUAAAUACUGAACAGAGCAAAAUGGAAGAGAAUGAAGAUGUUUCUCUAUAUUUGGGUUAUCUAACGGCCCCUACUGUCAUAAAGGUAAUAAAAUGAAUUAAGGGCUCAUUAUUUAGGUUCGUGUUAGGCAUUAUAACUGACCUACAUUUCCGCCUGUGUGUGGUUUUUUGUAUAAACGAUUUGAAGUAAAGAUUAGGCUCAUCUCUUCAUUAUCUGGGUGUGGGCUGCUAUGAAAACGAUGGGGGUUAGUGUUAAGUUGACCUUUGUCAACUGAAGAUUUUCUUUUGUGAUUACACACAGUAUGGAAAAAUUGGCAUGACUCGGCCAGGAAUCGAACGACCUCUCGGCCAUGAGGCGGGUAAUGAGCCACCGCAUACCUGUGAUGGUGAUGACAUAAUAACUUCAUUUCGACUUGGCAAUAUAACGUAUCUCACAAUGUCGACAUCAUAAGGCAAGUAAAGUAGACACUGCAAGAUAAGUAUUUCGCUUUCAUGACAAGUAGGCCCUUUAAGAGUGACAGGAUGACGCUUAAAAGUUCGCAUAAAGAUGAAGUGAAAGUUAAUUUUGAAAGGGAAAUUUUACAAAAAAAAAAUUUUGAGGCAAGACUUAAAAAUUGAUGUAAAUCAUACCCGACACUUCAACCAGGGGAGUGGCAUACAUUAUAUGCCGAGAUGAGCAUGUGUGUUUAAGCGUUGUUUUAGCCGACUGGUGAAAGUAUUAUUCUAGAAUGGUUCCGAGGUUCGACUCCCAUAUACUCCCUCAUUGUUCAUCGACAAAAUUUGUCCUAGGUCUGUGCCUAUGGGUUGUCAUGAAAUAAAAAAAGUGCGUUGUGUACGUCAUUAAAAGUAGACGUACUGUAAUUUCAAUAAUUUCAAAUCCGAUGGCAAGCUAUUUAGGCACUGU